CAAACUGGGUGUUAAAAGGAUAAUUUUGGGAUAUCAAUUAUUAUUAUUAUUAUUUUUUUUUUUAAAAUUGUUUACUUAUAAUACUAUCCUAAAAGCAAUAUUUGAUAAAAAUGAUUCUCCGUCUCUGCCACUCCCGCCUUCUUCCAUCGUUUUCCUUUUCGCCUCAUCGGUCUCCUUUCACUGGCCGCUCCGCUAGCGGAUCUCAGGUUUGCUUAAAUUCAUCUUGUUUUUCUUCGAUUCAAUUGUGUGGAUUGUUGUAAUCCGAAUGAUAUCUUGGACGAGCUUCUUUCAUUUGUUAUUGUUCUUCUGAGUCUAUAGAUUGGCGCCGUUUCCUAGAUUUAUCUUUAGUUAGGUUAUUAUCAGCAUAAUAUCUGCGGAGAAGCGGAAAUUCUACGUACGAGAAUCAGAGGAACGGUGGAUUAUGGCCAAUAUCACAUCUCUAAUGAUCUCCAUUCGCCAAAACUCACGACUUGUCAAAAACCUUGGGAUCCACAUCCGGAAUCUCUCGGUGGAAAUGAAUGGAGGCAAAGAUGGGUGUGAAGAGAUUAAUCUGAGUGAGAAAUUGUUGAACCCUACUCACUGCCAAGACGUCACUGAGAUAUCUAAAGAGGUUUGUAAGGUCAUCAGGAGCAAACCCAAAUGGGAGCAGACUCUGCUCUCUGAUUACCCUUCUUUCAAUUUCCACGACCCUUCUUUUUUUCGCGAGCUAUUGAAGCAGUUAAACAAUGUUUUGCUUUCGUUGAGGUUUUUUCUUUGGCUGAGUUCUCAGCCUGAGUUCUUGCCCCAUCCAGUCAGCUGUAACACGCUUUUUGAUGCCCUUCUGGAGGCCAAGGCUUGUGUUCCCGCUAAAUCUUUUCUUCAUUCUUUCGGUUUUAGUCCGGAGCCUGCUUCUUUGGAGAAUUACAUUCGAUGUGUUUGCGAGGGUGGAUUGGUUGAGGAAGCUGUUAAUGUAUUUGAUGUGUUAAAGGAGGCUGGAUAUCGUCCAUCCAUUGAGACUUGGAACUUUGCUUUCCAGAGUUGUCUUAAGUUUGGGAGGACUGAUCUUAUUUGGAAACUGUAUGCAGAGAUGAUGGAAACUGGUGUGCAAGCGAAUGUGGGGAUUGAGACUGUGGGGUAUCUUAUCCAAGCGCUUUGUAGUGAUAACAACGUUUCAAAAGCUUAUGAGCUUCUAAGACAGGCUUUAGAAGAUGGAUUAGCCCCUUCUAAUGAUGCUUUCAACAAAUUGAUUUCUUUGUUCUGUGAGGAGAAGAAUUAUGACAGAGUAUCAGAGCUUCUUCACACAAUGAUAGCUAAGAACCGUAAUCCCGAUAUUUUUACCUAUCAGGAAAUCAUUAACGGGCUCUGCAAGAAACACAGGCAGCUGCAGGCAUUUCAGGUUUUUAACGGCCUCAAGGAUCGGGGUUAUGCCCCUGAUAUGGUCAUGUAUACAACAAUGAUUCAUGGCCUUUGUAAGAUGAGCUGGCUUGGAGAUGCUAGAAAGCUGUGGUUUGAGAUGAUUGAUAAGGGAUUUCUUCCAAAUGAAUAUACGUACAACACAUUGAUUUACGGAUUUUGUAAGAUUGGUAAUUUGGAUGAGGCCUUGAAGCUAUAUAAGGAAAUGCAUGAUAGAGGUUAUAAAGAAACCACUCUGAGCUGCAACACAGUGAUUGCAGGUUUGUGUCUACAUGGAAGGACAGACGAAGCUUACAACUUCUUUCGAGAAAUGCCUUGCAAGGACGUAGUUUGCGAUGUUGUAACAUAUAAUACCCUGAUUCAAGGAUUUUGCAGAGAGGAGAAGAUACUGCAAUGCAGAGACCUAUUGAAGGAGCUGCUAGAGAAGGGGUUGCAGCCUUCAACUUCCUCUUAUACUCAUCUCAUUCAAAAGCUUUGUCAAGUGGGUGAUGUGCAAGAAGCAAAGAAAAUGUGGAAUGACAUGCAUAAUAGAGGUCUUCAGCCAAUGGUGUGCACUCGCGAUCACAUCAUUAAUGGAUUAUGUGAGCAAGGAUGUGCGGUAGAGGGGGUGGAGUGGUUGAUGACUAUGUUGAAGAGCAAUCUCAAGCCUCAAAAGCAAACUUUUGAUAAGUUGGUUCAGAGUCUCACUCAAAUAGGUAAAUUAGAUGAUUCUUUAUUGGUCAUAGGCUCAAUGUUUAGAGUAGGUUAUAAACUAGAAGAAGGCACUCUCAGUUGUCUCUUGAAUAAACUAUGUGAAAACAAGUAUCAGUUUGCUGAAUCACAAUUAGAGGAAAUCAUAAAUUUCAAUUAGUAGGAGAAUCUAUAUAUGUUCUCAGGAGGCCAGUUUAAGAUGUGGUUGUACUCCUGACUAGAAAGUGCGGGGAUUGGAAGCUGUUGACCUUGCUUAGAAGUGCCUGUCAUCGAUGUUUUAAGGUAGAUCCAAAGGCUUCUUUGGGUUGUAAAUUUGCUCAAGUAGUUGGGGUGGACCAUCCAUCUGCAUGAAUAUAUCCAAGUUUCUUUCAGAGGGCAUGGGGCAAAUUGAUGAACUUUAUUACUCAUCUUUAAACCGUGUUCUGGAUCAUGCUUCUUAUUUACGCUUGAGGAACUCAUUGAAGCUGGAAGCAUAUGAGAAGGGGUCUUUUCAACCUGAAACCUGUUCUUGCAUCGACCAAAUAGCCUUUCCAACUCCUCAUGUCAGCUGGGAAAAAUGAACUCAACUUGAUGUGGAAAGAGUUUAGAACCUUGUGUUUUAUCAAAGAACUCUCGGUUAUGGCAGGGAAGGUAGGUAACCUCUUCACAACUUGCAGUGUUUGCUUUGCUUUCAUUCAGGUGUUCAUUAGCUGCAGUUAGAAUUUUAAGAUGGACGGCAAAACUUUGAAAGAACUAUACCAUUUGACAGACAGUGACAAAUCCUCUAGCAAUUUUUUCCCCACUUUCUCUGAUUGAUCAACUGCUCUUUGCUAAGGCCGAUUACCCCUACUUCACAAAAUAUGUUGGAUCAUUCUCAUCUUCGAAACACAGCUCUCCAUGCGUCCUUUUCCACCCACCCACCCACCAAGGGAAGAAAAAGAACUUGUCUGUGAAGCCCAUAGUUCAGACAGGCCAUCAUCAUCAUCAGGGACAUUUACGAGCAAUGCCUUAAAUCACUGAGGUCGUUAGCUACAUCAUUACUUCUUCCUUGGUUUUUAGGGUAGCUCAGAAUCUGAGGCAUGGCCGGAUGAUCUUCUAACCUUUGGACUCAAUACUAUAAGCUUGCUUUCAGAAUUCAUUCGUAUAGUACGCCCACGAGGUCUAUUUUGCGGAGGCCUUGAAAAUUGUUCUUUUGGUAUACCUCUUCCUGUGUAAUGCAGUCAGCAUGAAGUUAGAUUUAGAACAUAAGAGCAUUUUAACCAUCUAUCAGUUCUAAUUUCAUAGAACAUAAGAGCAUUUUAACCAUCUUCACAUACUACAGUUUGAGAAGCAGGUACAUGUUCAAAUGCCAGCCUAAAUAGUUCGUGCAGGUGAAUCGAGGAAGAACGAUCUUCUGAAUUGAAGAUUAAGAGAGUGGUACUUCCUCCAUUCUUGCACAACUGUUCAUUGUUUGGUCAUUUUUAUCUGUUAAUUCUAAGUGCAGUGUUCAAUUAAUUUUAGCUUCAGUAUUUAUAACUUCUGAACCAGAAAGUACUACUGAUAUUUCAAGAACAUAGUACGCAAUGGCAAUUAAC